AUGGCACUGGCCCAGACUUUAGUCGCUAGCGCUGGUCCGGUUGUUUCAGGUACACCACCAGGAUUCGCAGCCGGCACAACCGGCGGUGGCAACGCCGAGCCUGUCUAUCCCAAAGAUAUUAAGGAGCUCUCGACGUACCUCAGUGAUGAUGAGCCUCGUGUAAUUGUACUGAAGCAGGAAUUCAACUUCAUGGAAUCUGAAGGGAUCACUACGGAGGACGGUUGUCAUGCAAAGGGAGCAGCCGAUUGUGCCGCGAAGAAGAACGGCUUCGAGCCGCAAGAUACGAUUCAGCCUUCCUUUACCACAUGUGACAAUAUCAUGGUGAAGGUCACGUACGACAAGGCAGCCAAGACCCCGCUGAAGGUGGCCAGUAACAAGACUUUGGUAGGUGAGGGCACAAGCGGCGUGCUCACCGGUAAGGGAAUCGAGAUCAAAGGCAACAACGUGAUCGUCCAGAACAUCCACAUCACGGACUUGAACCCGCAAUAUGUUUGGGGUGGUGACGCCAUCGGCAUCAGCGGAGACAACGGCGUUAUCCCGACAGGCAUUUGGCUCGACCACGUUAAAGUGACAAGCGUCGGACGCCAGAUGAUCGUCAUCCACCUCUCUGGGGCUUUGGGAGUCACCAUCAGUAAUUCCGACUUUGACGGCAAGACGAAGUAUUCAUCGUCUUGUGACGGUCAUCAUUACUGGGGAUUCAUUAUCACGGGUGCGAAGACGGAGGUGACUCUGGUAGGAAACGCCAUCCACGGAAUGUCUGGAAGAUCUCCGAAAAUCGGAGGCUCCAAAGAUAACGUCAUUGCGGUCCACGCCGUCAAUAACUAUUUCUACGAUAACAGCGGCCACGCGUUUGAUGUCUCGCAGCGAGGAUAUGUGUUGGCGGAAGGCAACUACUUUGAUAAUGUGAAGACCCCCAACCAACCGGACCCGGAUGGAAACAUCUUCAUCCUUGCUUCGGCUGGUGACUGCAAAGAAACUAUCGGCCGUGACUGUGAGUUGAAUGCACUUACUGACAGUGGAACCUUGACCAGCAACAAGGAGGAGGAGUCCAAGAAGCCGAUCAGCACGUACACGACGCAGAUUGAAGAAUACAAGGCGUCUGCCGCUACAAAGCUCGCCGUUGCCAGUGAUAACUUCGGCGUCGGGGAGCUGGGUGGCAACAGCGUGACGCAGUCGAGUGGGUCUGAGGCCCCUUCUCAAGGAACCCCUGCUCCAGCAACACCUGAGUCGCCCUCGAUCCAAGGAUCACCUGCAAAUGGAGCCCUGUCGCCAGAGGAUCCGAAGCACACGGGACUCAGCACAUCAACUUCUACCAGCUCAAGUGUCAUCGGAGCUCCGAUAGGCUUCGCGUCGGGCACAAUCGGCGGUGGUAGCGCGGAGCCUGUGUAUCCCAAAGACAUCAAGAAACUCGGAACGUAUCUGAGUGACAAGGAACCCCGUGUAAUCGUGCUCAAACAAGAGUUCAAGUUCAUCGAUUCGGAAGGAUCAACAACUGAAAAGGGAUGCCACUCCAAGAACAACAUGGACUGUAUUGCCAAAAAGAAUGGCUUCGAAGGCCAAGACACGAUCGAGACGGACUUCAGCAAGUGUGACGGUGCUUCUAUCGAUGUGACCUACGACAACGCUGCCAUCACUCCACUGCCAAUUACAAGCGACAAGACGCUGAUCGGUGAAGGCACUAAGGGAGUCCUCAAUGGCAAGGGCAUCCUCGUCAAGGGCAGCAACGUGAUUAUCCAGAACAUCCACAUCACCAACUUGAACUCGCAUCUUGUGUGGGGUGGAGACGCAAUUGGCAUUAGUGGCGAUGGAAAUAAUGCCCCCAAGGGCAUUUGGAUCGACCACGUCAAGGUUUCCAGUAUCGGACGUCAGAUGGUCGUCACCCACUUCAGUGGUGCCUCGGGGGCUACCAUCAGUAAUUCGGACUUCCAUGGCAACACCAAGUACUCCCAAUCAUGCGAUGGUCGUCAUUAUUGGGGAUUCUUGAUUCUCGGUAAAAAGACCGAAAUGAGUUUGCUGGGUAACUAUAUUCAUAUGACUUCGGGUCGAUCACCUAAGAUCGGAGGCACCGAGGGAGAUGUCUCCGUUGUUCACGCUGCCAACAACUACUUCGAAGACAAUACUGGACACGCCUUUGACGUUGUAACCGGCGGAUCUGUGUUGGCUGAAGGCAACAACUUCGAUAGUGUGAAGACGCCCAACCAGCCUGACCCAGCCGGAAACAUCUUCAUCCCUGCUUCAGCUGGAGACUGUAAGGCCACCAUUGGUCGUGACUGUGAAGUGAACGUGCUUGCUGACAGUGGAAGCUUCACCAAUCGGCGGGAACUUUGGUGUUGGUGA